UCCGGGGACGCCCCCCGGAGCGCGAGCAUGGCGGGCGAGCGCCGCCCCGUGCCCCGGCUGCAGGGCGUUUCGCGGGAGCGGUUCCUGGAGCACCUCUAUCCACAGAGAAAACCACUUGUGUUAGAAGGAAUUGAUUUGGGGUCAUGCACAAGCAAAUGGACAGUGGAUUACCUAAGCCAAGUUGGAGGGACGAAAGAAGUAAAAAUUCAUGUUUCUACAGUUGCACAGAUGGACUUCAUUAGUAAGAAUUUUGUAUAUAGAACUUUACCUUUUGACAAGUUAGUUCAGAGGGCCGCUGAAGAUAAGCAUGAUGAAUUCUUCAUUUCAGAGGAUGAGAAAUACUAUUUACGGUCACUUGGAGAAGAUCCUAGAAAGGAUGUUGCAGAUAUCCGGAAGCAGUUUCCUUCAUUAGAAGGAGAUAUUAAGUUUCCAAAAUUCUUCAGAGAGGAACAGUUCUUUUCCAGCGUUUUUCGAAUUAGUUCACCUGGAUUACAACUUUGGACUCACUAUGAUGUAAUGGAUAACUUCUUAAUACAAGUGACAGGGAAAAAACGUGUUGUAUUAUUCAGUCCUCGAGAUGCCCAGUAUUUAUAUUUAUCAGGUUCUAAAUCUAAAGUAUUGAAUAUAGAUAACCCAGACUUGGCUAAAUACCCACUGUUUUCCAAGGCUAGAAGGUAUGAAUGUUCCCUUGAAGCUGGUGAUGUGUUAUUCAUUCCUGCUUUAUGGUUCCAUAAUGUGAUUUCUGAAGAGUUUGGAGUGGGAGUGAAUGUCUUUUGGAAGCACCUUCCAUCUGAAUGCUAUGAUAAAACAGAUACCUAUGGCAACAAAGACCCUGUUGCAGCAUCAAGAGCCGCACAGAUCUUGGACAGAGCCUUAAAAACACUGGCUGAAUUGCCAGAGGAAUACAGGGACUUCUAUGCGCGGCAAAUGGUCUUACAGAUUCAAGACAAAGCCUACAGCAAGAACUUUGAAUAAAAAAAAAAAAUGAAGUGAAUGUGGUGAAAUAAACAUUUCAGUAAGAUUUAGGUGGAAUACUGGAAAAAUAUUAAUAAAUUUUAAAAAUACUUAUUCUUAAAAAAGGAAAGAAAUCUCAGAUUAAGUAUAAAGGGAAGGUUUAUUGUUUCUACUUGAUACAAAACGUUAGAAGUUUAAAUAACAUUGUAGUAGAAUCACUGUAGUUUUGCAGAUGCAAAUAAUAGAAGUACCACUCAAACAAUAAGACUCUAUAUUGAGUCAUGUUCCAUGAAAUCUUCUGUUCAAAUAGGUUUCAUUAUUUCUGAUCCAGUGAUUCAGUAAUGUUACCAAAAACUUUUGUUGUUUACCCUUGCUUGCUUUUCAGUCACAGCACUGGCGUCAGCCUGAGGCUGGCUUCCCUUGUGGUCAUGGGAUGGUUGCCAGUAGCAGUUGGGGCCCUGUGCAUCUUCAUUUACAUGCAGCGGAAGAGUCUGGAUGGAUUUCAGGGGCCCUGUCAAUCUGAAGUUGUCCCAGAAUAAUCUACCAGACCCUGGGAUCUUGGUGCUCUAAUGGGCUUGGAUUCAUAUAGCCUUGCUCCAGUCUUUGGCAAAGGGUAUGAAAUAAUACGUAGGUCAGUUAGGCCUAUCAGAGCUGGGAGAAAGAAUCUUCCUUUGAUAGAGCCAAAGUGUUUAAUUUUUAAAAUCAAGGUCCUGUUAAGAAAGGAAAAAAGGUAGAAA